AUGGCGGAUGAUUUUACUGCACAGGUGAAGAAGGUGGCCCAGGCCAUGGGUACGUCACUUAGCGACCAGGACGUCGAGCGCAUCCCACGUGAGGUGAGAAUGCAAGGGAACUUCAACUACAACAGGUUUCUGGAGUGCAUGAGGGAGUUCAAGACCUCUGAGCAACAGGAAGACUCCAUCAGGUCCGCCUUCAAGAUGCUGGACAAAGACGGCAGUGGCUACAUCGAGUGGAAUGAAAUGAAGUACAUUCUGUCCUCCGUGCCUAACACUGUGUCCAAUACCGUGCCCCUGGUACCUCUGACAGACGAGGAGGCUGAAGCCUUGAUCCACGUUGCCGACACGGAUGGUGACGGGCGCAUUGAUUUCAAAGAGUUCUCCGACAUGGUCAGAAUGGAGAAGAAGCCUCGGAAGUAGAAGAGUCUAGGAAGGGACUGGACUUGGGAAGAACAGAAGUGGAAGAUGGUGGUGGAAAUAUUUUUUAUCAUAGACCUGUGUGUCUGUGUGUGUGUAUGUGUGUGUGUGUGUGUGUGUGUGUGUGUGUGUGUGUGUGUGUGUGUGUGUGUGUGUGUGUGUAAUGUGUGGUCCAGUUUGUCAAAUGGCCUUGUUGAAACAUUCACUCCAUGUAGAUAAUGACACAGGUUUCUCCCGUAGU